AUGAGUGCAACACGAUCCAGAGAUUGGGACAACGGCGAUGUCCUACAGGGCAUCAUGGAAACGCGGAUGGUUCCGACCCCAUCGCCAGUCGAACUAUCCUCGGACGGCUUGACAGCCCCAUCUGACCUCGCAUUGGGAGAUCCCACUUCCCUACUUGGGCUUCAGUUCGGCUCGGAUCCCGCUGCCUUCUCUCGAAACCAUACAUCCAUCCUUGGCCAUUGGUUGUCGUACAACAAUCAGUCACCCCCGUCCCCGCGAACUCGACCCCUGGAUUACCCCCAGUACCAUGUUCCGAGGAUCUCAGUCUCGAGUGAUCAGGAUGCAUGGAAUCCCUUGCAAAUCACAGGUGUUCCAGCGGCCUUUGGCAUGCAGCACAUGGGUAAACCCUCGCACAUGGGUGAUAUGGACGGCCGAUAUUCCCACUAUCAGUACAGUACACCCUCUGAAACUGGAAGCCAAUACAAUGGCCUGCAGCCAUCGGACUCGGGAUACGGCAGCAAGAGCUGUGCGACUCGCUCCGUAAUCGAUCAAGUCUGCAGCCCAAAGGCGGCACCCCGUGAGCAGGAACAUGAACAGGGGGGACUCUUCGACCAUGCUCCUGUCAAAUAUGGCGAGGAAGCAGGCGACUCCAUGGAGAAGAUGGAGUCUUCAUCUUUGAUGGGUCAGGAUUCGAUCCAUUGUGAUUACCCCGGUUGUCGGUGGACAGGAAAAUGUCCUUCGGAUAAAAAGAAACACGAGGCACGGCAUAAGAAGCUGUUCAAAUGCGACGAGCCGGGCUGCACUAGAAAAGAAGGCUUCGGGACAAUCAAUGAUCUCGCAAGGCACAAGAAGUGUGUGCACAAGCAAGAGCCCGAACGGGGACCCAAAGUUCUGUACAUGUGUUUUGGGCAGAAUUGCCCUCGUAGAAAUAAGAAAUGGCCCCGUUUGGAUAAUUUCAAACAGCAUCUGGCACGAAUGCACAACGAUGAGAGCGCCGAAGACUUGCUGAGAAAAUCCAAGGAAUGGUAUGAAAAAUGCGUCAAACCACAGGAAGUUGCACCGUCCUUGGUUGAUCGCUUCUCGCAAGAAGAGCCCGAAUUCCAGACACAUCUGGUGCCUGAGUCGGAUUAUAUGACUAUGAAGACAGACUGCGAUCAGGAGUCUUGCAACAAUUCAAUUGCCCCUGACCAGACGGUGAUUCAACCUGACCCCAUUCGAUCUUCGGAAAGCUUGACCCUGAAUCCCAUCAAAAUUCUCGAUGAUGAUGAGGACGAGGACGAUGACGACCAUCAUCAUCAUGUAUUGAGUCAAUCCCUGGCACAACCCUUACUUGCUGGUUCACAAACAGUUGAAUUGCCAGGCCUCAAGUCUCUAAAUCUUCCUCCAACCCUCGACCAGAUUCCCUCGUCAUCUUCUAUGACCUCUCAACUGGGCGGUACAAAGCAUGACAAGAUGGAAGACAUUGUCUCCGAAGCAGCAGGGAACAUGAUCAAUGCAUUGACGAAGAUCAUGAACAGCAACCAGCGGAGACGAAGCCAAGGAGAAGAUGGGGAAGACAUGAUGGACCAAGGUACCGAGCUGUGCGAUAGAAAGAGGGAGAUGCUUCAGCGAAUCCUGUCUGCAGCCCUGGACAAACUAUCUACUCCCUCGGGUUCUACUCAGGUCAGCUUGUCUGGAGCAUCCGACCCGAUCCUGGAUAAAAAGGACUGGAUACAGUGUGACCGCUGCCCAAAACGAACGCGGUUACGUUGUGAGAUGAAGAAGCACAAGAAGCGCCACGAUCGACCUUAUGGGUGCACAUUCCAUAAAUGCAACAAAACAUUCGGGAGCAAGGCAGACUGGAAGCGACACGAGAACUCACAACACUUUCACCUUCAAAGCUGGCGGUGCACUCUCCCGGAUUCUACACAAAAAGACGACGAUCUGCCUUGUGCCCGUCUAUUCUACCGGCAAGAGAUUUACGUCCAGCAUCUGAGGAAACACCAUCAAGUCAGUGAAGAUGAAGUACAGACAGGUCUCUCUCGAAACCGCAUUGGUCGAAAUGGCCAGUCGCAGUUCUGGUGUGGCUUUUGCCGAGGAAUUAUCCCUCUCAAGACCCAAGGUCUCGCGGCGUGGAACGAGCGAUUCAAUCACAUAGAUACGGAACACUUUAAGAAAGGGGAGAGAAUCGGGGAUUGGCUACCGCCAUCGGGACACUUGACGAAGCGACGGGAGAGAGAACAGGAGAAACAGCAAAGGAUGGUGAAUGGGAAUGAGCUUGGAGAGGAAAACAGCGACGAUGAUGACACUGAGAGCAGCAGUUGCUGCAUGUCAGAGGACGAAAUGAGCCAGGAUCCGGCUGAGAAGCUCUCUUUCGAACACUGUGAUUCUCAUUCUGCCUCAAUCUCCUACUCCCCGUCCGAGGCGACCAUUCCGCAAAAGCGAAAAUACGCAGCACCUCACCCACCGCAAAACCCUCCGCGCCAGCGCAGCAGGACUGAGGGGGCGAGUACUGGGAAGAAACCAAAAGGCAAGGCCCCGAUGUUGAAUUCCGAUCCUGUAUAUCAGCAAGCCAUGAGUGCCAGUCAAGAUCCGACAACGGAGUCUGCGGGUUUCAUCCCGGCGAAAAAUACACGACCAGAGCAAGGCCAAACGUUUUUCAACUGCGUUGGUCUUCCUUCUUCUGAUGACGGUUGUAUCAGCCGAGCUGAUGAGGACGACACAGUGUCGGUGUCGGCAGGGUCUGUUUUCGCUGGCCUGCAUGGACCAAUGUCUUUACUGCCCCCAUACCUUGUGUGA